AUGACGUCAACUUUAAAAAAUCAGUUUUCUUCACCGACAGCUUUAGUAAAGAGUAGUUGUUAUUUUCAAUUUACAAUAUCAUCGAUUUCACAAAUUAGCGACCCGGUGUUUAGCCCACCUUUUGCUUCCUCCGCCAAUACAUUUUGGCAAUUAAAGUUCAUUCCUGUUUCUAUCGAAAGUCCGGAGUAUUGCUCUUUGGCGUUGUAUUGGGUACGCAAUCCCGAGGAAAGAAGGACUGGUUCCAUUUCAAGCGAACGACUUAAAUUAAACCAAGCGUGGUUAUUCGUUAAAGAUCCCGAAAGCGGUACUGAAUUAGAAAGGAAACUUGUUAAAGUCAGUGCAUUUCAAAAACGUUGGCCGGGUCAAGGAUGGGCACGAUUUAUACAAAAAAAGAAACUCGGAGACAAGGCAACUUUUGGGGUUGAAUUUCCAACGUUCUCAAUUAACCAAAAAGAAGUACACUUAUUACCACAAGACAGUUUCCCAUCAGAUCUGCGCGACGCGUGGUCAAGUCAAUUGGAUAAUCCUUUGAACGCUGAUGUUCAUUUUAAUAUCAACGGUCAUUCUCUAUAUGCCAGCAGUAUCAUACUUUCUAAAAGAUCAACUUAUUUCGAGAAUAUGUUUCAAGGUGAAUGGGUAGAGGUUAAAAUGGAAAACAACUUUUACCCAGAAUCAACUGUUGAACCUGUCCCGAGCGAAAAUGAGGGGAACGCGGUUGUGACGACAACACCCGUUACAUCUGCUUUUAAAUUUAACAUCGAUGUUACCGAUUAUUCCGUAGAAAUUUUUCGCAACAUGCUGGUUUUCUUGUAUACUGAUACAGUCCCUUUCAAGGAAGGUGCAAAUCAACUUGAAAACGCCGUCGAGAUAUAUAGCAUUGCGGACAAAUAUUUAAUCAGUGAGCUAAGACGCCGAGCACUACAAAAAAUUUGGGAAUGCUUAACUGACGAUAACGCUGCAGAAAUCUUAUUUACAUUUGGAUCUCAAUGGCCUGAUCUUAAGGAAACUGUGAUGGAAUAUGUAGUAACAAGAUUUAAAUCUGUUAGGAAGACAGAAGGAUACCUUCGAAUCGAGAAAAACAAUAUGGAAUAUCCGGGAGCAAGUGCGGUGUAUGCCGAACUACUCCAAAAAUUAAUUCCGGAUGAUUAA